AUCUGAUGCAAGUCAAGGAGGUUGAUUGAGAGCAAUUUCCGCUCCAGGGGCCAAUAGCUGCCAAUGAUGCAAGAAGUGCUACUGUUGCACGACCAGCGCGGGAAUCUGUGAACCAACUGGCAGGAUUGGUGCGAUUCAUAAUUGUUAGCUCCUUGCGCCUCUUGGUGCUCAAAAUGCGAAGGGCGUGAGAACCCGAUGAAGUCGGACAGAGAGUAAAGGAUGAUGUCUAAGAGAGAGUUUCCUGAUCUGGCUUGACAUCAAUCUCGGUUGAGAACAAAGUCUUCAGAAGAAGGCAACCCUUCGUGUUACUUAUCGUUUUCAUUGAUGGUACUAACUGCAAGGAGUUCAUCAAACGUAAACGAUCCAGAAGCAGGACGAUGAAUGGCCUUUAGUAGUGGCUACUAGCGGGUUCUGAGUUGGUCUCACUUGAACUUGUAAGCAGGACAUCAAAAUCAUGUUUCGAGCAACCAACAAAAGAAUAGUUUCGGCUGCAGCCGAGCAGGGGAACAGUAUUGACUAUCAUGUUGGCGAGUUCAACGCAAAUGCUGACGGCGACCGGGAAUUUAUUUCUGCAGAGCAUCAUUAUAUUGACCCGCGGCAACAGCAACCAAUCUCUUCAGUGUCUGCCGGAGGUACGACGAUGCCCGACCAAGCAGGUGGUCACCAUUCGCCGACCACAGCGGCAUUUUCUGACCCUGCAACAUUAAAACACGACGCGGCGAACUCGCUUCUCCAGACUUACCUUCGGCAAUGGAAGCAGUACGCUUUCCCCGUGGGCUUGCCGCAGGACAUUUUUACCAGUCAGUGCGCGAAUGUGCAGGACUGCCAAGACUGGAACUCGUUGCAGUACCAGUGCCAGACGCACCAGCAGAUGGCGGGGCUUUUGGCUGCCUUCGCGUUCGCGGCCCUGGUUGGGGAAACCGAGACGAACUACGAGCGCGUCAUGUCCGGACGGGAAGUGCUUUUCGAAGCGGAUAGGAAGACGGUGGAGAUACUGGACCAAGUUCGCAUCGGCUUGGUCGUUCUUGCCAUGUGCUGCCAGAUCCGCGCCUUCCUCGGGUUCGUCUACGUGGACUGCUGGCUUUGCAGCUCCGCUUGCCGCAAAUUUUACUUGGCGUUCUGCGGCAUUGUGACCAAGGAGUGCGGGGCGUUUCACUUUGGCCUGUACUUCCUCCUCUACUCCGUGCCGCUCUACGUUUUCAAGUUUUUCGGGUUUUCGGUCGUGUUUUUCCUCUCCUGCCCCAUGGUGAUUUACGCCGUAGUGACCAGCACCCAGGUGGCCAUUUUAUGUGGGGGAAUUCAAAACAUCGCGAAUCACGCGGAACUCGGCUUGUACGAGAACCUCCGCGGGCCGAAGGCGUCGUGGUCCGCAGCCACGGUCUUCGACUGUUUUUUCAAGGACCCUUUGCUACCGAAUACCAUGCCGAAAGAAGUCCUCGCAGAGAGAGAAAAGCGGGGCAGAAACUGGAAACGGAAUGCCUGGAAAACUACAACAACCUCAACGGGCUAGACUAGUACAAAUGCCUGUCUGUUCUUGGUGUGUAUUCAACCAAGCUGUUGAAGUAGGAAUUCAUAAGAAUUUGUUGCUGUCUCGCCAUCCAAGCAAGUGAAAGUGUAACCGCAGGAGCAGGACCAGACCGCAGUAUUUGUAGGAUAGUAUGAAUAUGAUGAAGGUGAAGGUGUAGAAGACGAAAACAAGCAAUAGGAACUUUUCGUUUCGGUAUCCGUGGUGGUGAGAAUUUGAAGAUGAGCCCCUUCAGCAUGUAAAGUGCGAGCGCGCUGUCGGAAGAUCCAGCGUGCAAGUGGGUGGUAACAAUUUUUCUAGCGGAUAGAUCAUAGUUUGUCUUUCUUGUGAUCUAUCAGUCAGCAGCUAAAACUGUAGUUCACGAUCGCGCUCGCGGUACUGCAAUCGGAAAAAAAAACAUCGAUUUUCUUCUUCUGUUUUAUCG